AUGAUAUCUCGCGAUGACUUUGAGAGCUCUUGCAAAGACUUUGUAGAAAAGCAUGCGACCUCUAAUGACAAUAUUUUCGGAGGCUGGUCAUGGAACGAGCAUGCCUAUCUGCCUCGACUGGGUUAUCUGUCGCGCAAGAAGCGUGCUCAUACAUUCGUGAAUGUGACAAAUGAUGCGGAAGACGACUUUGAUGUUGUGGCGGAAAGGGACGGCGAUACGGCUACUGCAUCGAUCCCGCCCGAAGACAGUCUGCUAGAGGUCUGGCAAUACACUGUAUAUUCAGCAACUUUUCAAGUCCCGGCACUCUAUUUUUCUAUGCAUACAACAAGCGGUUCGCCACUAUCGCUAGAUGGAAUACUUGCGUCAUCCCUCUUCCGUCGCAACGUCUUCCCCAAUGCACAGAAGACCGGGUUCGCAUUACAAACCCCCAGCAAUACAUUUCCUCUACUUUCGCAAGGCGAACAUCCUACGUUGGGCACGCCAUGUUGGUUCUUCCAUCCGUGUGAGACUCCUAGUGCGCUUGCAGAGUUGGUCCAAGCGGAUGGCAACGCAGAUGUAUCGUCGGCGCGGAUUUUGGAAUUGUGGCUGUUACUCGUCGGAAACGUCAUUAAUUUUCAGGAACAGUAAAUAAGCGUUUCCUGUAC